GUCAUAAGGGGACCAGGCGGUCUCCCUCCUAUCCUUCCUCUCCCCACACCAACCUUUCCUUUCAGCCUCCCACCCCGCCGCCCCGCGUGCUUCAAACUGGGCUGAGCAGGGAGCGGCGGCGGCUGCUGCCGUUGCCUUGCAAACAUUGAGAGACAGCGCCUGUCAUGCUUCUGAGCAACAGCCAGCUCCCUUCUCCUCCUCCUCCUCCUCCUCCUUCUGUUGCUGUGCUGCAUUGGGAAUAGCCGCGUUGCCAUUGAACGGCGGGACCGAGGCAAAAAGGAGCCCCGACCGAGCGCUGACAAGAGACUUGGGCUUGCUGUUGUCUUCAGGCGAAACAAAACAAGGAGCGGAGGGGGGUGGUGGUACUGGUUAAGCGGGGCGUGAGAAAACAGCCGACGCGGGAGUGAGAGAGAGUGUACAUCAAGACUACAGAAGGGGCUGAGCUCGCUUGCUUCUCUCCUUCCCACCUGCCCGAAUGGCUGGAUGGAUCAAGAGCUGAACCCGGCUGGCGAACAAACUUGCAAAGGCCGUCGGAUGCCUUUGGGAGACGCCGCCUUGCUUGCUGGAUGCCGGGACACCAUUUCCGCCCGCGCCGCUUUGCACGAGGGGCGGGAGGGCGCCGGAGGCGAUUGUUGGCGCGGCGGCUGCUGCUGUUGCUGCUGCUGCUGCUGUUAAGGCGAUCCUGAUGUCCGCCCCUUCCCGGGACGCAAUGGCGGCGGCGGCAGAUAGGAGCCCUUUGAAUCCUGCCCAGGCUCGCUUAGCCUCUCCCACCAUCUGAUUGGAUACGGCUGGGCUCUGCGUGGGACUGCGGGGCUGCUGCGAGGGCUCGGGGAAACCAUGGGUUACUGCAGCGGCAGGUGCACGCUGAUCUUUAUCUGUGGCAUGCAACUGGUCUGUGUGCUGGAGAGACAGAUAUUUGAUUUCCUUGGUUAUCAGUGGGCACCAAUCCUGGCAAAUUUUGUACACAUUAUUAUAGUCAUACUUGGCCUAUUUGGAACCAUCCAGUAUAGACCUCGCUACAUAACAGGAUAUGCUGUCUGGCUAAUCCUCUGGGUUACAUGGAACAUAUUUGUUAUCUGCUUCUACUUGGAAGCUGGAGACCUAUCAAAGGAAACAGAUCUUAUUCUGACCUUCAAUAUUUCAAUGCACCGGUCUUGGUGGAUGGAAAAUGGCCCAGGCUGCACAGUGACAUCUGUGACUCCAGCCCCAGAUUGGGCCCCAGAAGACCAUCGCUACAUCACUGUGUCAGGGUGCGUUCUUGAAUAUCAAUAUAUAGAAGUGGCUCACAGUGCUCUACAAAUCUUUUUUGCACUGGCAGGAUUCAUCUACGCCUGUUAUGUUGUGAAAUGUAUCACCGAAGAAGAGGACAGCUCUGAAUACCCGGUGAUGGGCGGAAGAUUGGCCUACUGGCUCCCUGGAGCAAACCAGAUUGAUUUCAUAGGUGGAUUUGACUCUUACGGCUAUCAAGGCCCACAGAAGACAUCACAUUUACAGCUACAACCAAUGUAUAUGUGA